UUCCUCUAUAGUGGCAAAACCAAGAAAAGAGAGGACUACCUUGAGUGGCCAGAGUACUUCAUGGCUGUGGCUUUUCUGUCAGCACAAAGAAGCAAAGACCCGAGCUCCCAGGUGGGAGCAUGUAUAGUGAACCAGGAGAAUAAGAUAGUGGGCAUCGGCUACAAUGGUAUGCCUAAUGGCUGUAGUCUGAAGGAGGUGGUGUAUCUUUCUGAUAAGUACCACGACACACCUGAAAUGACUGCUUCCAGAAGGCUGCUCAGCAUGGCAAAGAUCGAGUACAGGCAGUUCAAGCCCAAGAGGACUGAGAUCGUCAUUGACUUUAGUUCCAUUAACUUCUCUGGAGCGCUGAACGGUGCAACCAAGUGAAAAUGCAAAUGACUCACCUCGGGGAGCUGUUGGAUGAGGCAGUGAGUCAAAGGGACUUUGAUGCCUCUCUUUGUGUUUGUCUUCUCGCCUCCUGCUUCGUCCAAAGGAAAACUCAAGGAUAACCUGACUUUGGCAUCUUAGAUAUUUUGAUUUGCUGCUUUAACGUUUUUCUUUUAAAACUUCCUCUGGGUCGAGGAAUUCAUGAGGCUUAUGAACAAACUGUAGUGCUUCAUGGUUAAGUCUGUUGUGUUUGUUGUGUUUGGGGUUCCUGUGGCGACGUGUCAGAAAUCUGUUUCUGUCGAGCUUCCAGGCUCCUCCUCCAUGAAGAUCACUUAACCUUUGUUCACAUCCACAGCUGAGACUGAGAGAUGCUGUCGUUACUGCUGGCACUCAGUAUUUUAUGACUACUUUCCUCCUCUCGACUGAUGCCACCUCUACAAUACUUUAAUAUUGUUAACACGAAUUAGCUUCAUGCAGCUGA